AGAUUUACGUUUGAAUCACACAAGUUCUUAACUUUUUAAUCCAAAAAAACCAGGGUAAAGCCAUCCGAUGUUCUUAACUCUCUCUCUCUCUUUUUCUUGUUGGCUUUCACCGUGCUCCUUCUUCUUCUUGUUAAAGCCAUCCGAAGUUCCGAACGCCGGUGAAGCUCUUCGUCUUGCAAUCACCGCCCCACACCACUGCAAUUCAACUUUCGUGAUUUCAAUGUUAGCUAGCGAGGAUGUUUUUGCGAAUGACUCAAUCGAGCUGCUGCGCCAGAGCGGGAUGGAUUUCAAGAAGAACAACGAGAAGGGUAUCGACGCGCAUCGGUUCGGAGAGCUCCUCAUGUCCUCUGGAAUUGUGUUGAACGACAGCGUGCUUUGGAUGACCUUUAACAGUGGAUACGAUUUUAGCUACUUGCUUAAGCUCCUGACGUGCCAGAACUUGCCGGAUACGUAGGCUGGGUUUUUCAUCAAUGCCACCGCCGCUGCAAUUCCUAGCAGCGGCGGCUAAGUCUUUGGCCAUUCUCUCCGUCUCCCCUCUUUCUUUCUUUCAGCCUACACCUCUCUUCGUUUCCUAAGGGGGUCGCGUAGCGGCGAUCUUUUCUUUAUUUUUCAACCGUCGAUCCGUGUUCAACCCGCGUUCGUCAAGACUCAGGACUGAGCAAGGUAGAGACAGAGUGCUCUGUGCUGAUAUAUUUUAUUUUCAACUUUUUGUAUACAAAAAACUCGUCAACCUUCCGCCAUUGAAGCGUUUCUCUGUUCCGAUCGCGUGUUUUAUCAUUAGAUUUGAAGCUUAGACCUUCGGUUCAAGCCGAUUUCCCGCUCCGGAUAGGAGAAAAUCGUUUUAAACAGUUGGACUUUUAUCGAGAUAUUAUUGGUUUCUAACUUUCGAUUGAGCCUCGUGGUUUGAUUCGUUUAAAAUUAUCGGACUGGUUCCUGUUAUGAUUCCUGUUCGAGUUUUAUGGUAAAGAGAGAUCUGAGGACCUUGCUUGAAUAAAAGAGGAAGAGAUCGCCUUGUGGAGGCGAUUGGGGGAUUCAAUUUUUAAUUUUCCAAGGAGCGGCUUCUGUACACUUGUUGAUCAAUUCAUCGGUUGUUUUUAAUGUCUGCCUCAAACGUCUGGUUGUGAAGUAAUAUGGAACUGAUUGCAAGAUACAAAAAUGACGUUUUAUAUUGCUCGCGAGGCUUCCGAGCGUGGGUGCUUAAGUGAAGGUGAGAGUGAGAGCAGAGAAGGCCCUUACUUGUGAAACGGGAAAAGGAUGUGGUUCGAUUGUUUGGGGAAAUUGCAGAUUCAGAUUAACCGAAGACAGAAGCAAAUGGUCCGUGAAACUAGUAGAAUUUUCACAGAGAAGAAGAGGGGGAAAGAAAGAGGGAAGAGGAGAGAGAGACCGGGGAAGGGACCUGGUCGGAGGUGGAGAGGGUCGUGCCGCUGUGCCGAGAAUUGGAAGAGACGAUGAACAGUAUUUUUUUCUCUUAAAAGUAAAUUCGGGAUGAGGGAGGGGUAAUAUUGGGUUUUUAAACAUCACUUGUACGAUUUUUGACGGAAUAAUAACGGUAAAAAAAGUGUUAAUCAAUUAUCGAAAACAGUAAAAAUAGCGUCAGUCAAUUUUUAAACAGUAAAAAUACAUUUAGUCAUUUAACUAACCCAUAAGCGUAAUUUACCAUUAAAUUUUCGUCACACUACCCGAUCAUGAUUCAUGCCUUAAUUGGGGUUGAGGGUUGAGAGUUGUGACACUUGAGAUUUUCGGAGUCCAUUGACAACGGUUUAUUAUGAGUUAGUUGCGAAUGCGAGCACGAGCAGAACGGCAGAGAUUCGAAGAAGUCGGAGCACAGAGCUUUCAAUUGUUCCAUGCUCACACAGGCCGUUGGAUGGGUGCUAAAAUAUCAACUUGCGUAGAAAUAAAUAGCCACGAUUUAUCAAAAACAGUAUAACUGCAAAUCACCAAUUAUUGGACGGUUUGGAUUUGGUUACACCAAAUUAGACCUAAAAUAAUGAAUGCUUCCUGGACGAUCAGGAUCAAGCAAGGAGGAUCGCGAUCCAUUUCAUUGUUAUUGUGUAGAAGCCAGCGUCUAUUGAAUUGGCAUCCCCAUUUGAUUUACGUGAGAAGAUCAGAAGAAUCGCAUUUCACCCAAAUCCUAACCCUAGCAGCAAGCACACAGAUCCAUCAAUAAUCCAUCGCGAUUCGUCAUGGGAAACGCAGAGAAGCUAAUGAACCAAAUCAUGGAGCUCAAAUUCACGUCCAAGAGCCUUCAACGUCAAGCUCGCAAGUGCGAGAGAGAUGAGAAAUCCGAGAAACUCAAGGUCAAGAAAGCCAUCGAGAAGGGAAACAUGGACGGUGCUCGUAUCUAUGCUGAGAACGCAAUUCGCAAGCGCACCGAACAGAUGAACUAUCUCCGUCUCGCCUCUCGCCUCGACGCCGUCGUCUCUCGCCUCGAAACGCAGGCUAAGAUGACCACCAUCACCAAAUCCAUGGGCUCCAUUGUUAGAUCCCUCGACUCGUCUCUUGCGUCUGGGAACCUUCAGAAGAUGUCGGAGACGAUGGACCAGUUCGAGAAGCAGUUCGUGAAUAUGGAGGUUCAGGCCGGGUUUAUGGAGAGUUCCAUGGCCGGAAGCACUUCUCUUUCCACGCCUGAAGCGGAGGUUAAUAGUUUGAUGCAGCAAGUCGCGGAUGAUUACGGUUUGGAGGUCUCGGUUGGACUUCCGCAGCCAGGCUCUCGUCCUAUUUCAACUAAGGCAGAGGAAAAGGCUGCUGAAGAUGAUUUGUCCAGGCGCCUCGCCGAGCUCAAGACCAGAGGGUGACAACCUUGGUUCUUCAUCUCUCUCCUUUACAUUGUUCCUAGCUUUUGUGGCAUCUUUUUCCCAGUUAUGUUAAUUCAGUGUGUAUAGUUUUUGGAGUUAUAUAUGAAUCUUAGCCAAUAAUUGUCAUGAAUUCUGGAUUGAACAUGUACAUCUGGUGUAAGAAUACAGAUAUACUGUACAAAGAUAAAGAAAAAAAUGACUUUCAAUUGGAUUUGGUGUUUAAUGUGCGUUGUCAUUUUUACUGGUUAGGGAGAUUUGUGAA